AUGACUGGUGAAGCAUGGCUGUAUCUGUUGGCGGUGUUAAUAAACGCCGUUAACCUAUUCCUCCAAGUCUUCUUCACCAUUAUGUACAGCGAUCUCGAAUGCGACUACAUCAACCCCAUCGACCUCUGUAACCGUCUCAACACCUACAUCAUUCCCGAAGCCGCCGUUCACGCUUUCCUCACCUUCCUCUUCCUUAUCAAUGGAUACUGGAUGGCUCUGGUGCUGAACCUGCCCCUUUUGGCAUGGAACGCGAAAAAGAUCUUUGAGAACCAGCACCUACUGGAUGCAACGGAGAUCUUCAGGAAGCUUAAUGUGCAUAAGAAGGAAUCCUUUAUCAAGCUGGGCUUCCAUCUGCUCAUGUUCUUCUUCUACCUGUACAGCAUGAUCGUUGCUCUUAUCCGCGACGAGUCUCAUUAG